AAAUCAUAUUGGAAAGUGGAAACCUAGUUUCCAACCAUGAAGGCACAAACGACGCCGUUUACUUGUUUCUUGCAGUUUCCCCAUUCCUUUAGGCCGAGCAGGCUCUCAAAACAAGGAUAAACCCUUCCAUCAUGGCCAUGGCCGUCAAAAUUCUAAUUUAAGAAUCGAUUUUUAAGUUGACGAUUUCAGCAACAAUCAUAUCAGAGAACUCAUCUUUAUCAUUAUUUAAAUUUCCAGUAAACAUGACCAAGCCUGCAGCAUUACCUUUAGCAUUUAGGAUUUCUUCGAGUCCCACAAAGUUCCUUUGUCACUUUAACGCUCCAAAGCCCGUCUCCAUUGUUGUUGGCUGCCAUCUAAUUCUUGGGUCGAAUAAAAGAAGAGCUCUCGACCAAUUUCUAUCUGUCGGACCCAGAAAUUGUAUGACAAAUCAUUUUCUGAACUGUUCGCUAUUGGGAGGGAGGAGUUUUUCGAGUUCGAGUUUAAACAAUGCGGCUGAAACAAGUGAAAAGCCUCUUCCUUGGUUAGCUGCAUCCGUGGAAGGAGGGGAACGUAGAAAAGGUGUGAAAAAUUGGGCAAGCAAGGGGGUUAAGUCUUCAUGGGAGGAGUCGGCGGAAAAGUUUUUGAAAGGUGGUGUUUCCACGGUAGAGAAUGAUGAAAUGCCUAAAUUAGAGAGCACGAGAAAUGGAUUUAGGAAUAGAAGUAGUAAUUAUGUAGAGCGUGAGGAGGAUGAGGGGGAGGAUGAGGUCGAGAAUGAUUCUAGGUGGUAUAACAUUAGGAAGAGGUAUGACAACUAUGUUGAGGGGAGGCCAGCGCCUGAAAGACCGGAGGUUAGGAGAUGGAGCAAACAAGAAAGCUGGGGUAGGAAGACGUGGAAAGAAGCUAAGGAAUCUACAGUGCCAAGAAUAGUGGGAGAAGGGGUGUAUGGAGUUGGUCCUGUUCUGGCUGCUCUUUCAGCUGGUCGGAGAGAAUUCUAUGCGUUGUAUGUUCAGGAAGGGUUGGACUUGAGUAGUAAUAAUAGGAAGAAAAAGGAUAAGAAGGGGUUUGAGAAAAUCUUGAAGAUGGCAGACAAGAUUGGACUGAGCAAAAACGAGCUGUCCAAGCAUGAUCUCAACAUGGUUGUUGAUAAUAGGCCUCAUCAGGGCUUGGUUCUGGAUGCAUCUCCCUUGGAAAUGGUUGGUAUAAAGGAGUUGGACGUGGUUUCUACGGAGGGAGAGAAGGGCCCUCUUUGGUUGGCACUGGAUGAGGUUACUGACCCUCAGAAUCUGGGAGCAAUUAUCCGGUCUGCUUACUUUUUUGGGGCUGCUGGAGUAGUGUUGUGUGCUAAGAACUCGGCUCCUUUGAGUGGUGUUGUGAGCAAAGCCAGUGCUGGCUCGCUGGAAUUAAUGGAACUUAGAUCUUGUAAGAAUAUGAUGCAGUUCUUGACAUCCUCAGCUGGAAAUGGUUGGCGGGUUCUUGGAGGCGCAGUUUCUCCAAGAGCUAUUCCAUUGAAUGAAGUUGUUCCUGGUGCUCCAACUAUACUGGUUCUAGGAAGUGAGGGAACUGGUUUGAGGCCAUUGGUGGAAAGAUCAUGCACUCAAUUAAUUAGGAUUCCUGGAAAUCCACCAGUGGAUUUGAUGUCGACAGGAGAUGAGAAUGUGGACAAUGUUGAGAGUCCUGGUCAAGAGUUCACAUCCUUCUUGGCGGUGGAAAGCUUGAAUGUAAGUGUUGCAGCUGGUGUUCUGCUCAAUCACUUGACUGGAAGCGGCUAUGAUAGAGCUGGCCAUACAUGAGAAAGCAUAUUAUUAAAAGCAAAUGAGGUGUUAUGGUAAUCAACUGAACUUAUGUUUGGUUAUUGAGGUUAAAUAUAAUGUAUGCUUCAACUUAGAUGGUCGUCCAAUAUAUGCUACUUUUUUUUUGGUAAGCCAAAAAUACUUUUAAACUGGUUAUUUGCAUGAUAGCAUGUUAGUUCUUUAUUCAUUGCUGUUUUUAUGUUACAAAA